UUUUCAUAUUUAAAAAAUUAAACAGGAAAGGAAAGAGACACAUAAAUAUAUCUUUAUCUGCUGUGACCAUCAUAUCUUUUCCAUGAUUUGGAAUUGUAAUUUUAACAUUAUCUUCUUCAUCUUCCAUUUCAAUAUAAAACAUCAGGUCGCCAUUGUCAAAUUUCCACAGCUUCGAGUCAUUAGUGUUGGCUUACUCGUCUCGAUACACUCUCUCAAAUUCAAUUGAUUAUGCCUCCUCAUGUCUUAAUUUUCCCAUUGUCAAUGCAAGGCCCUUUAAAUUGUAUGCUCAAAUUAGCAGAGCUACUCUGUCUCUCCGGCAUCUCCGUCACUGUCCUCAACACCGACCACAUCCAACGCUCUCUCAUUCGUCAUACCGAUGUCUUGUCCCGAUUCAGCCGCUACACUAAUUUUCGAUUUGAGACUAUCUCCGACGGACUCCCCGACGAUCAUCCUCGUUCCGGCGAGCGGUUUCUGGAGAUAUUGGAAGGAUUCAGAACUGUGACGGAGCCGGUUUUCAGAGAGAUGAUGGUUUCUGGAUGCUUCAGUUCCAAAUCCGGUUUUCCGGUGACGGUUAUCAUACCUGAUGGAUCCUUUUCGUUUGCACUUGAUGUGGCUGAAGAGAUUGAGAUUCCUUUGAUUUAUUUUGAAACUGUUAGUCCUUGCGCUCUUUGGACUUAUUUGUGCCUCCCUAAACUGAUCCAAGCCGGCGAGGUUCCUUUCAACGGUAAUGAUUUGGAUAUGCCAGUCAAAAGCGUUCCAGGCACAGAAACGUUUCUCCGGCGUCGUGAUCUACCAUCCUUUUAUCGCUGCGAUGACCUUGUCAAUCCUGUCAUACACAUCAUCAUGAACGAAGCUCAACAUGUUCCUCGAGCUCAAGGUCUAAUUAUCAAUACAUUCGAAGCCCUAGACGCACCCAUACUCGUUCACAUGCGCAAUCUCUGCCCAAAUAUUUACUCCAUAGGCCCAUUACAUACCUUGCUCAAAUCACGUCUCCAAAUCGCACACAAAUCCAACGUUUCAAACAGUUUAUGGGAAGAAAACAGAGCUUGUCUCUCAUGGCUCGACACACAACCGGAAAAAUCAGUUGUUUAUGUUAGUAUCGGAAGCAUGGCAACAAUGACGGUGGACCAAUUCUUUGAAAUCUGGCAUGGAUUAGUGAACAGUGGACAGCCUUUCUUGUGGGUUAAACGUCCAGGGUCGGUUGUUGGAGAGUAUGAUGAUGGUGAAGUUUCGAAACAUCUCAUGGAUGAAACUAAAGAAAGGGGGUUCAUGGCGACAUGGGUUCCACAGGAGGAGGUCUUAGCCCAUUCAGCGAUUGGUGUUUUUCUAACACAUAGUGGGUGGAAUUCUACGAUGGAGAGUAUAGUGGAGAGGGUGCCCAUGAUUUGUUGGCCACAUAAUGUCGAUCAACAAGUAAAUAGCCGAUUUGUCAGUGAGGUGUGGAAGAUUGGAAUAGAUAUAAAAGAUUCAUGUGAUAGAGUUAUAAUUGAGAAAGCAGUGAAAGACGUUAUUUUUCAGAGAAAAAACGAGUUUAUUUCAUCAGUAAAAGCGAUGGCAGAAUACAGUGUUCAAAGUGUUGCAGAAGGUGGAUCUUCGUAUAUGAAUUUAAUUAAGCUGGUUGAAGACAUUAAAUCAAUGGGCAAUAAAGCAUUGUAAUCUAAAUAAAUAUAGUCAAAGAAAAAUACUAGUUUAUAUGUAGUUUACUAUAUUUGAAGAAUAUUUAACAGAAAUUGAUGAGGAA